ACUUAGUUUAAUAAUUGAUUUCAAACGACAAUGAUUGAAACUUUUGAGGAUAUUUUACACGAGAUAGAUCCGUUUGCGUACGCCGCUGAGCGUUACGGAUUUGAUCAAAAAGACUUAUUGGUAACAAUUAUUAUUUAAAUUUCAUAAUUAUUUUAUCUAUUGGGCGUCUAAUUUUUUUUUGCAACAUUUUCUUUUAUGUUUCUUGUUUAUUAAUUUUUUAUUAUUGUUUUUUUUUCUAUAAACAGCUGCUCGAUUUACUACUUCAAACGACAAUGUCUAAUUACAAUCAUAUGGGUCAACCUCCAGCGAAGAGACGCUCUUUGGAUCCUUCACUGAAUUCGCCAUUAAAAGAAUUGAAUGUUCGACAAUCAAUGACAUCACAAUUCCCUUUUGAGAGUAACGCUCCUGUGUUUCCGUACCACGAUGAUGUCAUAAGCAAAUUCAACAACGUCAAGAGCCAAAACGAUUUUAAUUUGAGCGCUGACGUAGCGGACGUUCCCAAUCAUGAAUUGGACGAGUACUUGUAUGGCGCAAUAGCUCCUUUAGCUUCAACGUCGGAGAAUAUUGCAUCUCCUGUUCCUCUAUCGGUUAUCGAUGCUGAAGGUAGUGAUCAUAGUCAGAGUUCUAUUGGUUCUAUGGGACGCGAUAAGAAAAGGGAAUCAUUGGAGAGUUCGAUAUCUGGCAUAUCGUCCGCAUCUUAUGAGUUGGAGGAGAACAACAACCAGAUGGCGCAAAAUGAUAAAACAACUUUUCGCUGUAAGAUAUGCCAUAGAGUCAUGAAAAGGCUGAGAAUUUUCCAGCAACAUAUGGCUAAACAUGAAGAAGAAAGUAUGGCAACCGGAGGAAGAUAUCAGUGCGAAAAAUGUGGAGAAAGGUUUCCAACAAAAAUCUUUAAAAGAGAGCAUAUAAUGAGAGAGCAUUCAGAAGGAAAGACAAAACUGUUCAACUACCAUUGCGAUAUUUGCAAUAGAACUUUUGCACAAAGAUCAAACUUGGAUGUCCACAUGAGACAGCAUACUGGAGAAAGACCUUAUAAAUGUACGAUCUGCUCGAGAAGGUUCCGACAAAAAGCUCAUUUAGACAAACAUAUGGAAAAAUUGCACGAUAUUGAUGUCCGAUCGAAUAAAUCACAAGCAAGACAAUUAACCAAAGUUGAACUUAAGUGCGCUAAAUGUUCAGCCGUAUUUGAAACUAGAUUCAAGCUAAGAGUUCAUGAGAAAACUCACGCCUCGUCACAUAUGCCAGCCGAAACGGCUGUUGCUGCUCCAAAUGCUUACGAUCAAAGAAACGUUAACUCAAUUUAUCAACAAACCUAUGAUUCACAAAUCUGGAAUCCUCAUCAUCGAUCUAGGAGCGUAACACCUACAACAGGUUGUCAACAGAUUGUUAAAAGCGAAUUUCAAAGACCAAAUUCUGAGCCUUUGGAUAAGAAUUAUUCCUUCCAACCGAUUUUCCAAGCACCUCCCAACGGAAUUAAUACACCUCACUUUACACCUUACGAUAAUUUUGGUGAAGCAAUGAAUUCAAGAAGUUUAACAAGGCACUUAUCAGCUGAUAAUAUCCGUCAACCAACAAACGGAUGGGUACCUCCUUUUAGAAUGUAAAAAGAAAAAAGCAUCCCCGAAAAAAAAACCCUUAUCAAGAAAACCAAAAAAAGAUUGAUUCUUUUGAACUUGUAUUAUAAAUUAGUUUUUCUGUAUUUAUAAUUUUUUUCUCUCCUUUUCUGCAUUUAAUAAAUGUUUGCUCUUUUUUUUAAAUUUAAUAAAAAAUCCACUUUUUUGAGUUAACUAAUAC